AUGUUGGCAAAAAACAAUCGCCCUUUUACUGACAUUGAGUUUUUUAAAAAGUGCAUGUUAGCUGUAACGAAUGAAGUAUGUCCAGAAAAAAUAAAACUAUUUGAAGAAAUUAGUCUUUCGACUCGAACGUAUGUGAGGCGAACUGAGGAAUUGGGAAAUAAUUUAUUUUCCCAAUUAAAAGAUAUCAUACCGUCAUUAGACUGUUUUUCGAUAGCUAUUGAUGAGAGCACAGAUAUUUCUGACACAGCUCAACUUUUAAUAUUUAUACGUGGUAUAGACAAGGAGUUUAAUAUUUAUGAAGAGUUAGCAGAUAUGUGUAGUAUAAAAGGCACUACAACAGGUGAAGAUAUAUUUAAAAAUAAAGAAAAUUCAUUCGAAAAAUUAGGGCUUUCGUUGAAAAAAUUAAUAAGUAUUACUACUGACGGAGGAAAAAAUAUGAGUGGCAUACAUAAAGGUUUUGUUGGGAGAAUUAAGACUAAAAUGAUUGAUAAUAAAUUUGAAAUGCCCAUGGUUUUUCAUUGUAUCAUACACCAAGAGGCACUAUGUUGCAAAGUCUUGGCUUGGAAAAAUGUCAUGGAUACAGUUAUAUCAACCAUAAACUAUAAACGAAAAAAUGGGUUACCUCAUCGACAAUUCCAACAGUUUUUGGAAGAAAUUGAAGCUGAAUAUGGUGAUGUUAUUUAUUUUACGGAAGUUCGUUGGUUAAGUAGGGGUGCAGCUUUAAAACGUUUUUUUACUCUUAGAGAGGAAAUAAAUAUAUUUAUGAAUGAAAAAGAAAAAAAUGUUCCCCAAUUAUCGGAUAAAAAAUGGAUACUCGACCUUGCUUUUUUAACUGACAUGACAUGA